GUUCAACAGUGUGUUCAGUGCAGGGUUAAGCUACAGCAGCAAACACAGCUCACACAGCUCAGCACCACGACUUUAAACUAGUUCUUAAAGUAUCGAGAAUGAGACGAAAAUAGAAACAUUUUCUCAGAAAGUAGCGACAUUACAUUACUGGGUGUAUUUUUGGAACAGAAAACAUGAUUAAAUCUGCUUUUAACCACUAAAUGGGAUAUUUCCACCGAGGAGAAAGCCUUCAGUGGAUGGAGUCAGGUGGUCAGAGCCGGAGCAUUGACUCGCUCUUCAGGUCGUGUGAUUCUGAUAAUUCGGGACGGAUUGAAAAGGGAGAAUUCUUCAGACUCUGCUCAGAACUUCAGGUCCGGACAGAGGACGCACAUGCGAUCUUCAGCAAACUGGACAUGGACCAGGACGGGGCUAUAAACCUGGAUGACUUUGUUAAAGGCUUUCAAACGGCGGAGAACUUCAUGAAACGAGAAGAAGAAGUAGAAGAAGAAGAAAUGGAGGAGCAGAGCAGAGGUGGAGAAGCAUUUUCUCUGGCCUGGGAGGACUUCAGGUCCAGACUGGGGGAGCAGCAGAAGUUCAUUCCCCGUAUCGACCAGGUGUCCAUUCUUUACCAGAACAUCAGUCUGACCGAGGCCCGGAUCAUUCCUCAGUAUGAGCGAGUCGUACUCAACUUCAUCAGAGAGAUCAAGCUCCAGAACACAGAGAUGGAGCAUCUGGCACUGGCUGUUAAAAGGGCUCAGGAUCAGGCUACCAUUCAGCUUAGCGAGAUGGAAGAAGAGAUGGACCAACGCAUUCAUGCAACAGAGAGAAACACACGAAUAAAGGAAUCCAAAAAGGCAGAGACAGCUCUGACCAGUAUGAAACAGCACUAUGAAGCUCAGCUGACUGAGUUACAGCAGAAGAUCCGCAUUCUUCAAAUGUCUGAAGACCAGAACAAGAACACUAGUCUCCAGGAGGAGAACGCAGCACUGAAGCGAAAGAAUAAUGAGCUCACACUGCAAAACCAGAAGCUGAAGCAGGAGCUGCUGGAGUGUCACACCAAUGUAGCAUUUCUGCAGAGUGAGCUAGACUCUAUUAAAAGUGAUCUCACUGACCAGAGCAUCAACUUUGAACGAGAUGAAGCCCUGAUGAGGUGUUUUGCUGAGGAGAGGGACAACCUGGAGAGACAGAUAGAGAUGCUGCAGGCAGCAAACCGGAAGCUUCACGACAGCAACGAUGGUUUACGUGCAACUCUGGAGAACAGCCAGGCCAAAAACAAGGGUCAGCGAUUAUCUCCUGGAAGUACUAUGGCUAGGAGGAAGAGCUUGUGCACUCCAUAUUUUGAAAGGUGCUGUAACAUGUGUGGGGAAGACGACUACGACCAGCUGCAGGUAAUGGAACAUCUGCGCAGGCAGAGCUGUGACUCUUUGGCUCUGGCGCUGUGUGACCCCAUGCGCAGACACAGCUUUGAGCUGGACAGUCUUCCCGAGAGCUGUGUGGACAGUGGCAUGUCCACUCUCCGCUCCAACAACGGAUACGACUCGGAGCAAGAGAGCACUUCCAAAAGCCCCACCCAGCCUGAAGAUACAGACACCACCCUGUCUGGAGAAACCUCAGACACAGAGGUGCAGGAGGUGCAGGAGGAGAAGGCGUGUGGGUCAGACAGUGAGUCGCUAGAAAGCUGGAUUCCACUGCAGCCAGAAGUUACUGUGACGGGAAAGAAGUGUCUUUCUGCCAUCUUCACAGAGAGAGAAAAGGAUGAGCUGGUGGUGAAGCCGCAGGCGUCUGAUAAGACCUAUAAGAUAGUGUUAGCAGGUGAUGCUGCUGUAGGAAAGUCCAGCUUCCUCCUGCGCCUCUGCAAGAAUGAGUUCAAAGGCACCACCAGCGCCACUCUCGGAGUUGAUUUCCAAAUGAAGACUCUUGUGGUGGACGGAGUUCCAACAGUGUUACAGCUUUGGGAUACAGCGGGUCAGGAGAGGUUCAGAAGCAUCGCUAAAUCCUACUUCAGACGAGCUGACGGCGUUCUCCUGCUUUACGACGUCACCUGUGAGAAGAGCUUCCUGAACGUGCGCGAGUGGGUGGACAUCAUAGAGGAUGUUUCCCAGGAUGAUGUGCCCAUCAUGCUGGUGGGGAAUAAGACAGAUCUGCGGGAGCAGGCUCUUCAAGAAGGCAUCACAUGCAUCCCAACCAGCUAUGGAGAGAAGCUCGCUAUGACCUACAGCUCACUCUUCUGUGAGACAAGCGCAAAGGAGGGCUCGAACAUUGUGGAGGCCGUCCUGCAUUUAGCACGAGAGGUGAUAAAGCACGCACAUGAACACAAGGAGCCGGCCUCAGUGGCCAAACUCUCCGGAAGUCCCAGCAAAAAGAUUACCAGCUUAAACUGUUGCAUGGUGUGAUGCACAAACCUUCAUUCUGAAAGACAGGAAACAUGCAAAACCCCACCAGCGAGGCUUGUGCUGGUGUAUCAGCGUACAGUAUCACUGUGAUUUACACCAGUCUGUAGUCCUAAAGCCAAAUAUUCAACCUUGUACUUCAACACUGUGACUUUGUGAUUCCCUGUUGCGUCUGUCCUCUUCUAGAACCUGAGUGUUAAAAAAAAAUUAUGAGCAGUACUGAUUCAAAUAAAAAAAAAAAAUCUGAUAUGAUUUUAAAUAAUUAAAAGUGUCCAAUAAUUUUAGUUAAAAAUUACUUUUGUCAGUAGGGAUUCAGAGUGAAGUCAGGAUAAUAUUAACAUCAGACUGAGAGGUCCUGUGUUAAAGUGAUGCUGAGCUCCAGCACUAAAAUAUUUGCAUUAUAGUAUGUGUAAAUUAAAUAAAUGCAAAAAAAUUAAAUAUAAAUGAAUUAAUAAAUAUUCCAUUUUUCUUUAAUGCUGAUCCAAGGAGAUCCAAUUACUGCAUUUUUUUAAUGUUUGCAUUCUGGCAAAUGUGUACAA